CCCGCGAAACCGAAACAGGCUGAGGAGCCGAGCAGCAGUGGCUGUAGGGGGUCUCCUUACCAUACACUAUCAAUAGGGAAACACCGCUCCAUUUCAGCCUCCACCACUAUCACAUUCUCAGCGCGGCGAUGGAGCUGUAUGACUCCCAGUACCUGCUCGUCCUCGCGCCCUCCCUCGUCAUCGUGCUCAUGUUCCUCUUCUUCUGGCUCUUCAUGAAGGAGACCUCCUAUGACGAGGUGCUGGCGCGGCAGAAGCGCGACCACAAGAUCCCAGCCGCCCGGCCCGACGCCCGCAAGAAGACAGAUGAGCUCCCGCCGGAGAUCAGACUGGAUGCAGCCCCAGGGCCUGUAAGGAAGGAGCCCUCGCCGCCCCCUCCGGAAACAAAACUGUAUGACGGCGCACCACUCAAGAAGAAGACGGCUCCCAAGAAGCAGAAGGCCGAGCCAGCGCUGGUCAUCGAGCCGCCGUUCCAGGCCGCAGUGUACAUCCCUCUGAUGGACAACGACCCUGCCGCGCCCCAGAAAGGCCCCAGCGGGGACACGCCGGCCAAGACCAGCGCCAAGAAACAGAAGAAUGAGCCGGACAAAGGGAACUCGGAGGUGAGGCUGAAGGAGUUGCUGGGCGGCCUGCGCAGCCUGGCUCUCUCGGACAGCGACCUUCUGAGCGUGGUCAACGUACUGAGGGACAAGUGCCCCGCUGCCCUGGAUGCCUGGCACAAGUCGGUCAUGAAGUCUGACCCCUCUGCCCAGCAGCUCCAGGAGAGGGAGAGGCUCUUUGCUACUGUGCAGGAGGAGGCCUCAAUCGCCAAGGAGAAGGUCAAGCAACUCAACCAGGAGCUGCUGGCGGAGAAGCAGAAGGGCAUGAGGGCGGAGGCGAUGUGGCGCGAGCAGCGGGGCGCCCUGGAGAAAGAUCUGGGCGUGCUCCAGGUCAAGGCGCAGGGCAGCUUCCAGGAGGCGCAGGCCGCGCAGAUGAAGUUCCAGCAGAUAAGGGAGCAGCUGGAGGGUCAGAUCGCCCGCCUGCAGCAGGAGAAUGGGAUCCUGAGAGAUGCCGUCAGCACAGCCACCACCCAGAUUGAGACCAAGCAGUCGGCGGAGCUCAACAAGCUGCGGUCGGAUUAUGGGCAGCUGGUGAAAGAGCUGACGGACAAGACCAGCAAGCUGCAGCAGGAGGAGCUGCAGAGGAAGACCCUGGAGGUCAACUACAACCAGAACGUCUCCCAGCUCGAGGCCCAGCUGCAGGAUGCGAAGCUGCGCUGGGAGGAGGUCCAAGGAUACCUGCACAGCGUCAACACCGAGCACGAGAAACUGAAGGCUGCCAAGCAAGAGCUGCAGAACAAGCUGAUGGCUUUGGAGUCGGAGAUCAACGGCAAGAACAAGGAUAUCCAGACUCUGCGCAGCAACCUGACCGACACCAUGGUCUCCAAGGACCAGGUGGAGCAGAAGAUGCUGCAGCUCCUGGAGGCCUCGCAACACAGCCGGCCUGACGACGCGCUUCAGGAUCUGCUGCAGGAGAAUAAAAAUUUAGCGGCUCAGAUUGAAAGUCUGCAAGCUCAGAUCGCUGCUCAGAAUUCCACCACCUCACAGCUGGAGGAGCUGCAGAAGCUGCUGGCGGAGAAGGAGACGCAGCGGAAGUCCCUGGAGGACGCCCUGAACGUGGAGCGGAGUGGCGGGGCAAGUCGAGAGACUGACAUGCAGAUUCUGGACGUGUCUGAAAUCUGUGUGUUCCUCAGUCAGAAAUGGCUCAGUGCUUCAGUGCCUAGUGGACAUAGUGUGUGUGUUGUCCCCCUCAGUGCUCAGGAGAAGGAGGAGAAGAUCAGGACGGUGGAAACGUUGCUGGAGGCUGGCCUGAUCCAGGUGGCCAAUAAGGAAGAGGAGCUGAAGGCUUUGAGGGAUGAGUGUGUCUCUUUGAAGAGGGAAAUAGAAGCCCUGCAGCAGCAGCAGACUGAACAGACCGCGUCGGAAACACUAGCAGAAGAGCUACGGAGAACGCUCCAGGAGAAGGAGGGCUGGGUCAGGCGGCUGGAGGAAAGGCUGCAGGCGCAGGUGGAGAAUGUGUCGCACAAGGAGAAGACCAUUGAGGCCCUGGAGCAGCAGGCGGAGGUCCUGAAGGCGGAGAUCGAGGUGGCCAGGAAUCGGGAGGCGAAGCAGGCCUCCACCAAGACCCAGCUUCAGGAGCUCCAGACACUGCUGACAGCGAAGGAGGAGGAGGUUCACGCACUCCAGAGAGCCACGGAGGAGCGGACCAGAGAGGUCGCAGACAGGGAGCAGCGGCUCCAGGUGCUGCAGGAGGAGAGCUCGCUCCUCAGGGGGCAGGUGGAGGCGCAGCAGCAGGUCCAGGCAAGCGCCCCCAGUCAGGAGUUAUUGAAGGCGCUGGCAGAGAAGGAGAAGCAGGUGGCAGAGUUGCAGCGCGACCUGGCACAGAUGCAGGACUCCUUGGAGGUGCACAGGAAGAAGAACAAUGAGCUACGUGAGAAAAACUGGAGCGCAAUGGAGGCUUUGUCAGCCACCGAGUCCGUGCUGCAGGGGAAACUCAACAAGAUCACCAAGGAGAGUCAGAAGGUCUUGGCUGAGGCCGAGGCUCGGAGCCGAGAGGUUCUGCACAGGCUCUUUCCUGACGUGCCCCUGCCUCACAAACAGAACCAUGAGGAGUGGCUUCAGGAGUUUGAAAAGGCAGCAAGAGAAGUAAUGAGAUCAGCACCGGCAGAUGGGGUAUCUAAGGAGCUGGAGGAGAAGCUCAGGGAAGCGGAGGAGACCCAGAGGAUUCUGCAGAAGGACUGCGAGACGUACAAGAAAGUGCUGGCGGAGACGGAGGGCAUCCUGCAGCGGCUUCAGAGCAGCGUUGAGCAGGAGGAGUCUCGUUGGAGGGUGAAGCUGGAGGCGUCGCAGAGCGAGCUGAAGCAGGUGCGUGCCAAGGUCGCAGUGCUGGAAAGGGACGUGGAUAGGCUGAGCAUAGAGAGCAUGGAGGCUGAAAACGAGAGGCAGCACCUGGAGGCCGAGCUGGGCAAGGCGGAGCGGGAAAGUGCCACCUACGUGUCCGAGGUCAGAGAGCUGAAAGAUCUGUUGACUGAAUUGCAGAGCAAACUUGAUGGUUCAUAUACUGAAGCAGUCAGGCAGAAUGAGGAGCUGAACUUGUUGAAAACCCAGCUGAAUGAGACUUUGUCCAAGCUGGAAGCAGAGGAGAGCGAGAGGCAGAAGGUGGCAGGGGAUCUCUACAAGGCACAGCAGUCCCUGGACCUGAUUCAGGCUGAGAUUCUGAAGGAGACGGCCCAGGUGGACCUGAUAGACAACAGCACCAUUGAGACGCAGAAGGAAACAGACAGGAAGGAGAAGAUGGCGGCUGGGUUGAACCAGACUGUGAUGGAACUGCAGCAGCUUCUGCAGGCUGUCAACAGAAAGCUCACCAAAGGACAGGAGUGGAAUGAGGACAAAUACCCAGCUGAGGCGUAGAGAGUCGGGGGAGGUCCUGCCUGUGACCCCCAUCUUAACACAGCCCCUCCCGCCCGUCCUGACCGAGUCCGAAACACCUGCCGGACCGGCCCGCCCGAUACUGGAACGAGCUCUGCUCCCGUGUGGACAGGCGUGGGCCGAGGGGAAGGGGGUGGAGGGGGGGGGAACUGUGGUGUCCAGAUUCAGCAAAUGACAAAAGAAAUAAAAAAAAAACAGAUUUCACAAAACAAAAUCCAACUUUACAUUCCUGAAGACUACAAAAAAAAAAACAAGAAACCGGCAAGCGCUAUAGACUGCAAGCAAUGACCUUUAACCUUCGUUUCCCCUUCGUACCAGACUUUUAAUACGACGCAGAAUUGUUGUUUAUUAGACGAUCCGACUGGGAGACAGCUCCCGUCUUUAAAUGUGAGUUUUUAGGAACAUUUUAUAAGGAAAAGGAAAAGAACACGGACCUACCUGUUGCGUUUUAUUCACUAUAUGUUGCAGCCUGGGGCCCAGGGGGGGCGAGGCUUGUUCAGAGUCCACCGGCACCGGCUUGGCUCAGGAGGUCCAGCUUGGUGACCUGGGCUUGGAGGAGAGGGCCCGCUUGGACCCUGAGCCCUGAGAGACGCGCUGUGCUGAUUCAGCAGGCCAGGCUCACACGAGCAGUUUGACCUAUGUUAUUAGUGGGAACACAGGCUUCCUCUCUUUCGUCUUUAGUAAUCACUCCCUACUCUGCGGCUAAUUUCAUUCAUACCGAUUUUAUUUUUGUUUUUUGUAAAAGGUGACAGUUUAAAAAAAAAAUUAAAAGGGAUGCUUGGUAA